UCUGCAAUCUGAUCUCUCCUGAGUUUCAAAGAACCAGUGCCCUUUUCUCUAUCAAUGGCGUCCUCCAUUGCUACAACUCUCACUUCCCCAAUUUCAUCUUCUAAACUUCCCAGGUUCGACUCUUCCUUCCAUGGUGUUCCCAUUAAACCAGUUUCUUUUCACUCCAAAGCAAAAUCUUCCGCAUGCAACGCAUCGGUUUCAAUGUCCGCGACAUCGCCUCCGCCGUACGAUCUGAACAAUUUCAGGUUCGACCCCAUCAAGGAGUCCAUCGUGUCUCGUGAGAUGACACGUAGGUAUAUGAUGGAUAUGAUCACCUAUGCCGAUACCGACGUGGUGGUCGUCGGUGCUGGCUCCGCCGGACUCUCUUGUGCAUAUGAGCUCAGUAAGAAUCCGUCCGUUCAGGUCGCUAUUAUCGAGCAAUCUGUUAGCCCCGGUGGCGGCGCCUGGCUCGGUGGACAGCUUUUCUCUGCCAUGGUUGUGAGGAAACCAGCCCAUCGCUUCCUCGAUGAACUCGGCAUCGAAUACGAUGAACAAGACAACUAUGUAGUGAUCAAACAUGCAGCCCUUUUCACAUCCACAAUCAUGAGCAAGCUCUUGGCCCGCCCCAACGUGAAGCUAUUCAACGCCGUUGCGGCGGAAGAUUUGAUAGUGAAGGAAGGCAGAGUCGGCGGCGUUGUGACGAACUGGGCCCUGGUGUCGAUGAACCACGACACACAGUCCUGCAUGGACCCUAACGUGAUGGAGGCCAAGGUGGUGGUGAGCUCGUGUGGUCACGAUGGACCGUUCGGUGCCACCGGGGUGAAGAGGUUGAAGAGCAUCGGGAUGAUCGACAGCGUGCCGGGGAUGAAGGCACUCGACAUGAAUACGGCCGAGGAUGCUAUCGUGAGGCUGACUAGGGAAAUUGUGCCUGGAAUGAUUGUAACUGGGAUGGAAGUUGCAGAAAUUGAUGGAUCUCCGAGAAUGGGGCCAACAUUUGGAGCAAUGAUGAUAUCUGGGCAAAAGGCAGCUCAUCUUGCACUGAAAGCAUUAGAGUUGCCUAAUGCACUUGAUGGAACAUAUACGGGAAGCAUUCGCCCGGAGCUGAUCUUCGCUGCUGCGGAUUCCGCCGAGACCGCGGAUGCCUAAGCGUCGAUGGCUGCAAUGGUAGUUUCCAAGUUGCUAUGGAUAUGAGGAAUUUGAAUAAUGUGCAAAGUCGUUGGUAGGAUUCGAAAUAAUCUCCUGUAACUUGAUAGCAAAAGCUUAGUCUCACCGAUGGUUAGGUGAAACUCUAGUCCGUGAUAUUAGCAUGUAAUCAAGUAAUGCUUGUUUUCUCCUCUA